UCGAACAGCGUAUACUCAGCGGCGACACCGGCGCCGCAACCCCCGGACACGAUCAGUCGCGUUUCGAACCGCACACGUACACGACGCUCGCUCCCAAGCUUACCCACUCACGUCCAAGCUUCUCAUCCACACGCUUCACGGUAUCUUAUUAAUAUAUUUUGCUGUCAUUCGUUUGUAAAGUACCAGACAGGUAUACCUCUAUAUACCUUCAAGCACCGACGCCGCCGGCUUCAUCUCCACUCCUCUCCGCUGCUGCAGAAGAGUUUUCAAGCCACGGAUCGACUACAUCUCCGACGAAUAACAUCGUUAUUGCCGAACUUCCAGAUUAUUUUUCUUUGAAGGUUUUUAACACAAAAGGCUCCGCGAUGAUGAGCCUAGGCGAAGAACUAAAAUCUAGCAUGCCGUCCUUCAUGCAAUUCUGCUCCAGAGUAGACCAAGGCAACGUACAGGAAGACUGGUGGACCGCCGGAUCCGACGCAGCAUUUGCUCACAACAACAAAGAAGAAUGGCUAUCGGACUCGGACAGUCAAAACACGAUUAUUUGCAGCACGACCAGCUCGUCGCCCGGCCCCUCAUUGGCGUCCACAUCCACUGGUGGUGGCCAGAAGGCUGGUUUAUCUAAAGCCAAGCAGGGCAGUCGUUCAAAAGACACGCCGGCUGGACAGAAACCCGCCCAAGUGGUGGCCAGGCGGAACGCUCGCGAGAGACGCCGAGUGCAGGCGGUCAACUGGGCUUUCGCUAGGCUCCGAAAAGUCGUUCCUCUCGAAGAAAACAAGAGUAAGAGGAUGAGCAAAGUCAAGACCCUACAAAUGGCCAUCGAAUACAUUAACCAACUGCAAGGUGUCCUGUCUUUGCAAAGCCCUGCAAUGCAGCAGCAACAACACAUCAAUCACCCCGAACCAGAACAACAUCAUCAAUUGCUGACGACGGCCGACAUCAAUCUGUUCUCCGACAUUCAGUACAAGCUCGAACCCGGUGAACUCCAAUUCCGCAUGCCACCCAAUUUCUACACCCAACUAUUGACUGACAAUCAAAAUUGACAUCGAAAAUCUUCGUGCGAAUUUUUUUUUUAAAAAAAAUUCCAUUCAUCGUGUAUUAUUAUUAUUAUUAUAUGUAGGUAAAACAAUAAUUGUCUACUGGCUUAAAUAAUUCGAAAGCCCGUUUGUUUCUUUUAUUAUUAUUAUUAUUAUUAUUAUUAUUAUUAUUAACAAUAUCAUUAUUAUUAUGAUUAUUAUUAUUAUUAUUAGUAGUAAAUGAUAUUUUGUUUUUGUCACGGUAAAUUUUCUUCUAAACAUGUUAUUGCCACUUUAAAGCAGAUUAUUAUUAUUAUUAUUAUUAAGGUGGACAAAUACUGUAAUGAUUACGAAUUGUUUUAUUCGAAUUCCAACAUUCAUUCUUUUUUAUAUAUGAUUUCAUAAUAUUUAUUAUGUUUUUGUUAACUUUUGUUAUAGUACAUUUAAAGUCUAGUCAUUACGCUUUUAAGUUAAUUUCGAUUAGGUACACUUUUUUCUCUUUUUAUUUAAUUUAUCAUCUCAAAAUAAUAUAAAUAAUAUGAUGUAUAUUAUCUAAAUCGUACCGUAUGCAUAUUGCUAAAUUAUUAUAUUAUACUAUUCUGCUAAUGUUUUUAUAUCAAUGAAAUUUUAAUUAUUUUUUGUACCCAUUUUUAUGUUUAGUAAAUAUUUUUUUUAAGGUAUUUUUAUAACGAAUUUUUUACUUUUCUAAAAUAUUGUUACCUACCUAAGUAAAUAUAUAUUAGGCUAUGACUAUCGACUUUUUGAAAUUGCUCAUUUUAAAACCACCACGUUUACAGGGAUAAAAGUUUAAAUUUUUAAACGAUUUGUUAAAUUAUAUGUAAUUUAUGAUGCUCCUGUCUGUAUAAAGGCAUAUUGUAUUAUUUUUAAGUGCCUUAUUUCCAUUUUAGUGUUAAGUUUAAAUUGUAAAUUAUUUUUACUAUAAAAAAAUAUAUUAUUUUUGUAC